GCAACUCUAUAUCUGAGUUUGGUCUGGUCACACUACUGACAGCUGCUUUAAGGUUAUAUUUUGCAUCGGUUGCAAGAGAAUUUGUUGUCGUUUGGACCAAUUACAUAACUUUAACCAUGUCCCAGGCUCCCGUUCGUGUCUCACCUUUGAUUAAAUUUGGCAGAUGGUCAUUGCUCCUUGUAGGCAUUGCCUAUGGUGCUGCCCACCAGAGCCGUCUGUCCAAGAAGGAGGAGAAGGUGCGUGAAAUCGAGGCCCAGCAGAAGGUAGUGCGUGAUGCCAAAUUGGCCGAGGAGAAGAAGCGCAGCGCCGAUGCCGAAGCCCGUGCAUUGGCUGAGCUCUCCAAGCCUACAAAGUAGAGGGGCUGGACAGCCGUCAUUAUGGUUAGUUUAAGAUCAGUUCCAACAUACACAACCAAAACCCAGGAUGAUGGAGAGCGGCCGCCGUCUACGGCAGAGUUGCCACUCUCUGCAUCUAUCGGCAACAACAUUUAUUCUGUGUGUUUCUAUCUGAGAUGUUUGUGCAUAAAAAAACUUACGCAAAUUAAAUUAAAUUGAAUAACACAAAAGUUAUGUAAAACAUA